AGGAAAGAGGUUCAAGCAAGAGUUCCUCGAGAUGUAAGAGAGUCAGUUCCGUAGGCAGAACAGGUGGACAGCCUCUCGUGACCUUUGCAUCAUGAGGAGCUUUACUGUGAUGUUUUGUUCACUGCUUCUGCGGUUGUUUCGAUUUGACCUUGCCACGACAGAUCGGGGAUGGCUGCUUCUUGUGCGGAUCGGCAUUGUGCAACUGUUGUGUUUCAGUGGAAUAAUCAGUUUCUGUAGCGAGUGAAUUCACGGUCAAUGGAGAUAGUGCUGUCGAGCCGAAUUACUCCGUCGGGAGUCUUCUUCUGUAGCCCGAUACAGCUCACAUGUCAAGUGCAUCAGUGUGCACUCUACGGCGAGACCCCUUACAAGGGUUUUGGAAAGGCUUCUCACUGCAAUUGAGGUACCUACACAGACAUGCACAGAAGAGUCCUACGAAAGAAUGACAAUUGGAACUGUGGCGAAAACGAAGAGGCAGAGAGCAGAGGCCAGAGGGCCUGGCGUAACAAGAGCUAAAGCUUCACCUCCACUACGGCGCUGAAAAUCGUCAGGAACGAAGCCAGUAACCUGCUGAGGAGGUGGUCAAGUGAUCAUGAAGGUCUGCAGCGCACUUGGAUCACUGCAAGUAGUUCGUCACCACAACAAAAAUUGAUGAUCACUGAAAAGUUUCGGGUGUCGGCGAGUCGGCAUCCGAUUGGAAAGUCGUCGAGCAGACGUGUCUUUGAAAUUGGGCUCGACGAACGGCGUUGGCAUCGGCAAAAAGUGGUGUCUGACAAGAACGAGGUCUGAGCAACAUAGGAAACCACAGCAGACGAGGGAGGGCAGCCAUCAUCACGAGAUUGGCCAAAAGAGAGUGAUGAACGCAAUCGAGUAGAUAACGUGUUCCAAACAUGCAGGAAUAGAGGCCCCGGACCCUACUCCGAAAAGUGGUAGUAACAUCUUUGAACAUGCAAGAAUCUGAGGGCACAUUCUUCACAAAAGCUGCCAUCCACAUCCACAGAAGAAUCAUGCGGAUCGUCGUCUCCAUCCUGUGCAGCACCCAAAAGCGAACGACCCUCGUCGGUCACAUGUUAACUGAUAUCACCCUGUUCCCAGACUGGAUGGGUGGAAAAGUGUGGUUCGCAUUCUCAUUCGCACAGAAUGCUGAACAGGCAAGCGAGGACGAGGAGGAGGCCAUGCAGCCCCCAGUUUAAGUCGCCGACAAAGAUUACAGAAUGUGGAAGACGACAAGGGAAGAAAUGAAGAAGAAGGCCAAACCAACUCACGGAGAAAUGUAGAGUAAAAGAAUGAAUACGUUGAAAGAAAAACCGCAGGUAGAAAAAGCCUGUGGCAGAAGGUUCGAAUUGAAGGGCAGGAGUGGUGAGGGAUUAUUUUGCGUAGCAUUGCGUGUUGGAAUAGAAGAAUUUCGAGAGUGAGAGAAACAAGAUUAACACAAUGAUGUUAGCGAGAUAUUUGGCGGUAAUUUAGAACUUCUAUCUGGAGCCGGGGAUAAUUUUAUAGUUGGCUGUAGAAGAUUUUAAAACUCUGAUUGAUAAUCCCCCAUAAGAAUUAAGCAGUGUGAUCUUGGUAAAGUACAGAAGAACUCUCCAACUUAAAGAACGUGAUAAAUAGGCUAAUUCCAAGCUUAUUUGACACCCAUUGCUCGUCUUACUUUUGAUCCGCGCCGCUGGACCGGGAGAACCGGUGAGUCACUCUAGGCCUAGAGUGACUCACCUAGGCCUACACGGCUAGCCAGCCGUGGCCGCCAUUGGCGUCAUCCUCGACAAACACUUAGCUUGCCUAUCAACCUUUUGACACUUUGGGUACCCCGGGCUUGAUCUAUUACCAUUUACAAUAAGUGUGAAGUGGAGAGUGCUAGUGAUUACAAACUUUGUCCCCAAUUGGGCCGAGGUAUGGAUCCCUGGCCGCCCGCACAAGGAAGCGGCAUUCUUGUGGAGCUUCUAACAUCGUGCGAUUCGUACACCAGUGGCGACAUGUUGCUUAUUCAACAAUCUCUAAAAACGGUCCCAGUAACUACCGUUGUUUGACUGUGUAGCCUCCGAUAAGCUUGAGCUUUUGCUACCACAAUUUUCUAUUGUCUUCUUGAUAUAUCCGUGGACAUGAUGUUGUGGACUCCCUUGACAUGGCAACAAUGCCUUCUUGGGGCAGAGCGGACUGCUACUCUUCGGCAAGGUAUUGGUACCUUGCCGCUCAUGCGC